ACGAUGUUAAAACGCAAUAUUGCUUGAAUAAUUAAUAAUGAGAUAAAAGCAGUGCUUUUACAAAUAUGAGCAUACUCAAAAAUAUAUAAACAAGCGUAAAUAUAUCCUAGUUAAGGUAUACAAUGGGUAAUUGCCUGAAAAUCAACAGUCCCGAUGACAUUUCACUUUUGCGAGGCAGCGAAAGUAUUAGCGGACAGGACAGCGGACCGAUGCCAAUUUACCAGCAUGAACCUUUGCCGCAAAUGUUUUAUCCAGCGUCCUCUGCCAGUCAUAGCGCAGCUGCUGCCACAAACAUGUCGGAGGAAGAUCAGAUUAAAAUAGCAAAGCGCAUUGGACUCGUCCAGCACUUGCCAAUUGGAACUUAUGACGGCAACUUGAAAAAAGCCCGCGAGUGUGUCAUUUGCAUGGUUGAAUUUUGCGUGGAUGAGGCUGUGCGUUAUCUGCCUUGCAUGCACAUCUACCACGUGCACUGUAUCGACGACUGGUUGAUGCGAAGUCUAACCUGUCCAAGCUGCUUGGAGCCCGUCGACGCUGCUCUAUUAACCAGCUAUGAAACAACAUAGCGCACUGUAACAACUCGCCUUGCGUAAGCGCUUUUAAAAUUAAUAAUCAAAAGGAAACUAAUCGGGUCAGUGUGAAAGCUUGACCAGUGCUUCCCGGGGGACUAUUUUAUUAUUAUAAGCGGUUAAGCAUUACCUUUUUAGUUGUUCAACUAAUAAUUAAUAUCAAUAAAAAAGUCGGUGUACAUAAAUACAUAGAUCAAAAUCAAUAACAAAUGAAUACUUA